AUGAGUUUAAGUUAUGCUAAUAUAUAUAUUUUUUAUUUUAUAUUAAUUAUUAUAAUUAAAAUAAAAUGCAUGAAAAUACAUGCAACAUAUGAGAAAAAUGGGAACAUGAGAUUAUUAAACAUAAUUUCAAACAAUUUUAGAAGAAAGACAAAGUUAAGUUUAAACAUUUUAGAUAAAAUAAAUAAAUAUAAAAAGGAAAAUUUAUUCGAAGAUAUUGUUUAUGCAAAUAAAAAAAAAAGUAUUAUCAAUACUUUUUAUAAAGAAAUAAUUAAAAGGGAUAAAAAAAUUAUUGUAAGAAAAUUAAAUGAAAUUAUAAAUAAGCAACAAAGAAUAAAUCCUCCUUUAUUUUUCAAUGAAAGUGUUCAUUGCUUUCAUAAAAAUUUUUUUUAUUAUUAUGUGUUUUUUUAUAUUUUAGGAAUAAAUACAAAUACAUAUAUUCCGAAAAAAAUUCAUAAAUUCUUCAUCAAUAAAUUAAAAAUUGAAUUAUUAAAUAAUGCAGUGUGCAACUUAAAUUUAUUCAAAAAAAUAUAUAUAUGGAAUGAAGAAAUAAUUUCAAAUAUAUAUAAAAAGUAUUUUAAGAUUUACGAGAAGGAAUUAUAUGUUAUUAUUGAUCAACAUUUAAAUCAUGAUGAAUAUUAUCAGAGUCGAUGGAAAGAAUAUGAUAAUAAGGAAUUUACUGUUCCAUUAUUAAAUACAUAUGCUAUAUUACUUUUUAAUACUUUUAAUAAAAAUUUUUACAUAAAAAGUCUCCAUACCAUCAAAAGAUUGAUACAAACAAAUAUUAAAAUUUAUAUUUUAAAAAAUUAUAUUAAUGAUCUAUAUUCAGUGAAAAAAAUUUUGUAUACAUAUAAAGUUUUUUUUAAACUAUCGAUUAAGAAAAAUAUGAUUCCUUUGUUUUGCACACUUCAAGAUAAUUUAAAAUUAAACAAAAAUUUUGAAUAUUUUUUUGAUGAAAUUAUAAAACAAGUGGACGUUGAUGUACCUAAUUUGAAAAUAAUUAAUUUAUUCAAUUUAUUUGUUAUAUUAUUUAAACUUUUAUUAAAUAAAAUAACUCAAUUGCUAUUUUAUUCUACUUUAAUAUAUAUGCAAAAAAAGAUACAUGAAAGAAAAAAGUUUAUAAAAGAUAUAUAUUCCUUCCCAUUUUACUAA